AUAAUUCACAAUGGCUAAUUCAGACAAAUUACAACAACUAAUAAAAUUAAGGUCUACUUUAAAAGCAAAACUAACAAUUUUCGAAAAGCACGUGCUUAUGCUUACGCCAUGCCCUAGCCUAUCAGACCUGCAACUAAUCGAACUAGAACGCAGAUUUAAUAAUUUCGAACAAAUUUAUUCAAAUUUUGACACCUUACAGUGCGAUAUAGAAAUACUUAGCGAGUCCCACGAGGAAGCGUACGACGAACGAGAGCAGUUCGAGUCGCGGUACUACGCGCUGCUCGCUCAAGCCCGUCAACUUCUCUCCGUGGCUAGCCCUCAGGAGAAGUCUGCACAAAGCUCCAGCAACAAGGAAUCAGCCAUGGUGAGGGUGGCAGACAGCAAGGGCGACAAGCAUGACGCACGGUUGCUGCUCGACAAUGGCAGCACUGCUAAUUUCAUCACAGACGACUUGUGCACAAGCUGG